UUUGACCCCAACAACAGUAGUCGGGCUAAACCAAGGAUAAAACACCCUAAUCUAAUAUCCGUCGAUAAGGAAGUAUGGACAACAAACUACUAUCGCUGUUGGUAUAUUUCAGACUCAAAAAUAAAGAAAGAUGGAUGCUGAUUGGACUGACAUUAGUGCUGUCUGUGAUCGUUGUUGCCUUCUUGGCCGCCAACUUUGGCCAGAAGGGACGCCUACCGGUCAGCACGGAACUGCAAAGUCAACAACAUGUUGACAGAGCGGAACAACUAUACGGUUCUGGCGGACGAUGUAGGGAGAGGACGAACUUCGUGUUUGUGAAGGUGCAUAAGUGUGGGUCUCACACCACCACGUGUAUCCUACAGAGGUUCGGCUACGAGAGGGGUCUCACAUUCAUGUUACCUGCCCAGGAUGGACCGAACAUUGGAUACCCACGUUUUCCUAAGACUGGUGACUACCUGCCAUCUUCCAACGGCGUCUUCAACGUAAUUGCAGACCACAUUCGAUACAAGAAGGACAUCGUAACGUCUCUUAUGCCUCACGACACAGCAUAUUUUGCCAUCUUAAGGCAUCCCUUGAGCCACCUUAAGUCAGUUUUUAACUGGAAACACCUUGACAAAAUUUUACGAAUAAAAGCUGAGAAUCCCGUCGGUAGGUUUUUAGACACACCAUGGUACUACAGGGCAAGUAUCCAGGGAAUGGUCAGGUAUACAGCAAAUUUAAUGGCUUAUGAUAUGGGUUUAAACAUAGCUUAUUUCAAACAAAAUAGACCCCUCCCAUCAAAAUUGAAUUUCCCUGGGCAGCACUAUGGUAAGUCCCCAAGAAUAUCUCACAUUCAAAAUGGUACCAAAGCGGAAAAAUAUCUCUAUCUCCACCCCAAAACAGCAGACAUUUUACAUCAGUACAUCACCAGCAUAGACCAGGACUUCAUACUUGUGAUGAUUCUGGAAUAUUACGACGAGUCGCUCGUCAUGCUCAAGAGAUUGAUGUGUUGGGGCAUCAGGGACAUUUUGUACGAUCUAGACGUCAGAAACAACGAGCCUUAUCGCUACAAACACAAGGACUUCACAGAAGUACAGAAAGACAACCACAGACUCUGGAGCUUGGCGGACUACGCUUUUUACGAGCACUUCAACUCUACGCUAUGGGAAAAGAUUUCAUCACAAGGGCCUGAUUUCUUCGAAGAACUCUCUUAUUUCAAGUUUAUAAACAAGGAUGUGAACUGGUAUUGUAGCAUGAAGUUGGAAAUCACCUGGACGAUACCAUCUUCGAAUUGGAAUGAGGCUUUCGUACUGAACAGAACAUUCUGUGAAUGGUUAGCGCUGAAACGCUGGCAUUGGGAUGACAUACUCAAGGAAGAGCACAUCAAAAAAUGGCAUAGAAAGUCUUUCUUCAGUUGAAUAAUAUAAAUAUAUGAUAAUAGAUAAAUAUAUCAUAUCAUAUAAUUCAUAUAUAUAAUAUCUCGAGGAAAUACAUUAGGCGUGGUUUACGUCUCAUUACAGCCAUACAGUAGAAGAUGGCAAAAUGCCCUAAAAAGCUAACUGUUUCGAAGUCCAAGAUGCAGCUAUUUGCGCAUGAUUCGGGCUACAAUAAAGCGACCAGCUAGUGGUACAGUCCAUGUGCCUACCCUGUUGUUUACUUGACAAGAGCUAUUCCAUGACUCGUCGUACAGGAUAUGUCUGGAGCCUUGGGGCAAUCGUAUCAAUAACCAUAGGGAACCUUAUGCUUCAUCACGUUCCCACUAACAUGAAGGAAAUUGGUUUCGGUGUGUUUUUUUAAAAAUGCAGUGGUUCAUUUCCUUCAUCAUAGACAGCACGGAUGGCUUUUAGUCGUUUAACUUAAGGUCACAGUAAGUAAAUUUUAUGGAUGACAUCCUCUGCAG